UUCAUGACACACUCCAUCGCUCUGCUGCAGCUGAACUGUGUCACCGAGCUGUUUUUCUUUCUUACCUGCACCAUCAGUGAAGAUUUACAAGACUCUUUUUUUUAAACCUGAUUUUCUUUCAUUCUAAAUACACAUUUUCUCUUUGCUGUGUGUCUUGCAAACAUCUGCCAGCAUGUGCCUUCUGACAGUUGUCCUGCUGUUUUUGUUACUUGAUUCCUUCUCCUGUGUUCGCUUUCUGGCGCCUCUCAACAUGGGAGGAGUCACGGGACAGGUGCAGUUUGACUCCACCUCCGAGACAGCCACUGUCGAAGUGUCCGGCGCUGGAUCCUGUGGGACACUUAAUUUUUCCCUCAGCGAAUUCCCCGUCAUGUAUGGCCAUUAUGCUCAGCCCUGUUCUGAAGCAAAUAUCGGCGCCAGCGUCUUCACCUUCCCAGCUGAUCCCACCGUCGACGUGUCGCGCCUCUUUCGACAAAGCUCAAACCUUGAUGACUUCUCGCUGACUUUGCAGACAUGUAAUGGCACUAAAGUAUGCACGACUGUAAGUCAAGGUCAAACACGCUUGACCCUUCAGGCCAGGUUCACUGGCCCCAUCGCAGGUAAUGUUUACAUCCGCCUCAACACUGGACAGACCAACCCCAGGCUGCUUGCAGACCUCACCACAAUCGGUCUGUUCAUUCCCUCAGAAACCAAUAUCACUCUCUUUGCAUCAGCGAGCUCCGCUGCAAGCUGCAAUGUUCUUCUGGGAAGCUUAGAUCCCUCAGCGUUGACCUCUCUGGGUGUCGUAAAAGUCGAGACCCCUUUAGAGCCUGAAAAAUCCCGACUGGACCUGACCAGCUUCAACAUGAACUACAGCUUUCUUCUCAUUCGCAUGGGUUCAAGUUACAAGUGUGCUCAGAUUUACUUUGUGCCAGAGAAACAGGUGAGCGCUGUAGUGAACAUGAGAGGGAUCAAAGGAUACUUUAGCUUCCGUCAGGCUUCCCCGUUUGAUCCGACAGAGUUGAGGGUCAACCUGUCUAACUUACAGAGCAUAGUCGGCCCUUACCAUGUCCACUAUUUUCCCAUCCCCUCAGUCAGGUUGCCGCAGUCAAGCAUGUGUUCAAAUGAUAAUGUGGGCGGCCACUGGAAUCCCUUCGGACUCGACACUGACGACUCCACAUACCCAAAAGUGCCUGGUUCAACACACGACAUGUACGAGAUCGGCGACCUUAGUGCUAAGCACAUGUCCCUUGCAGGUAAAAACGAGGUGGACGUGGUGUUCAAGGACUUCAACCUCCCUCUGUUUGGACAAAACAGCAUUGUAGGUCGCUCAGUUGUGAUUCACAAAACAGAUGGUGCCAGGUAUGUUUGUGGCAGCAUCGGCUAUCCCGGUGAAGUGAUCGUAGCCAGAGCCAGAUUUCAGAGCCCUGUGGUUGGCGAGAUGUGGUUCACCCAGCUGACCAACAACCCACUGUCUGACGUAUCCAUCUUCAUGGAUUUGUCAUACGGAAAUCCCACAGCAACACCAACCAAAAACCACAACUGGCAUGUUCACAGCUAUCCCAUCAGCUCAGAGAGGGAUGAUGAUGAAGGGCGCUGCAGCACAACAGGAGGACACUGGAACCCCUUUAACAUUGACCCAGAAGACAUCAGCUAUUUCUUCUACUGUAGCCCGUCAAGUCCCUUAUCCUGCGAGGUGGGAGACCUCAGCGGCAAACACAGCCCCAUCAACCUCGGCCCCAGAGCAGGCGCAGUGGAAGCAAAAAACUUCUUCACCGACACCACUUCCUGGUUGUCGGGCAUCAUUGGUCGUUCCGUGGUCAUCCAUGAAGCAGAGAGAGAAGGGCCAAGGAUUGCUUGUGCCAACGUCACAAUGGUGCGAGUCCCCAAAGCCAGCUUAGGUAGCUGGUUUGGCCACGGCAUGCCCAGCGGCCAAGUGCGGUUCUCCCAGGCUGUCCCACAAGGCCCCACCACUAUAAAUGUGUCCCUGAUGAAUCUUGACACCUUAGCUGGGGGUUACCACGUUCACAUACUGCCCAUCAAACCUGGCAGUGUAGACCCCUGCUCCAAUGCAAACAUCCUGGGCCACUACAACCCUUUAGCCUGGAACGUAUCCAACAGCCCAGCACCUGGAGCUGGCACGGUGGACCAGUAUGAGAUUGGGGACAUCAGUGGGAAGUUUGGCAUGCUGAAUGGCCUCGACCAGUCUCAGGCGGUGUACAUGGACCCUGACAUGCCAUUAACUGGACCUUACAGCAUUGUGGGAAGGUCACUGGUGGUUCACUACUCCAACGGAUCAAGAAUGCGGUGUGCUGACAUAUCGGCUGACAGAGAUACAGAUGGACACUGGACUCUUGCAGAGGCUGUUUUCAAUGAUACAGUGACUGGCACAGUCAGAAUGCGCCAGCAGAUGUUCCCUGAUGGGAGCCGCAGUGACAUCAUACUGGAGGUGAGCCUCCAAUCACCGGCAAGACAAAAUGCAGCUGAGGCAUCCUUGUUCAUCAACCGUAUGGGCACCAACAAAAACCAGUGCAACAGUGUGGGAGGCACGUUCAAUCCCUUCAACAUGGCAUCAGGGAGCUCCAGCUGUUCACUACAAACCCCUCUGAGCUGUGUGGUGGGAGAGGUAUCCGCCAGACAAGGCGAAGUCAGCCUGACCGAGAGACAGGUCUACACUGACAGCAUCAUCGAGCUCUCCGGGGACUUCACAGUGGUCCACAGGUCUCUAGUGCUGAAGAACGGCGACAGCAUCAUCGCAUGUGCCGACAUCCUCCCAGAAUCCCCUUCAGCAGAGCAGACCUUUCCCACGGUGACUAACUUCAACAGAUAUGACUUCCGUAGCAGGGUUGCAAGUGUCCUUCAGCUAGAAACACAAAGAGUCACCAUCCUGCCCGACUCUCCCAGCUCUGCAGCCGCGGGAAGAUGCCAGAAAGUCAGCUUCAUGGUAUCUGGGAAUGUGAGCCCAGAACUUCUGAAGUCUGUCAAAACCAGUGAGAAGAUGGGUCACUUCAGAGAGUCUGACUCAUGUACAGGAAGCGCAGGUCUACUGCUGGUAUCGCAAACUCUUCUUCUGGCCUUGAUGUUUGCUGCCUCCUGCCUGCUGCCAUCUACAGCUUAUUAAUAGCUCAGUGAUUCAGCCAUGCCAUGCAUCAUCACUGGGGAAACGUGGAUCCUCAUGUUGUAAAACUGUGAAGCUGUUUAUGAAAUGUAGCCCACCAAGUGAUAUGAUGGUCAUCUGGUUCAUUAUCGAGCAAGUAAUAACUGUGUUUCUUUUUACACUUUUGCCUACCAAUAAAGAAGAAAGCAUUUUAGAUGACAAGCUACUCAUUACUUGUUCAGUUUAGCCUUGGUAGAAGUUUCAGUUUCCCACAACACACUGAAGCUACUUUAUUCAUUUGGAGUAAUCAGUGGGUGAGUGAAAUUAAUGCUCCUACAUUUUUAAAUACUCAGACUUUUAUCUUCUUUUUUAUGCACUAUCCAUAUACACAUGUCAAAUUUGUGCAAA